UUCAAAAUUCAACGUUUAUUUUAUUCACUUUAGUACUUGAGUAUUUUACUAUUAAUUAUUAUAUAAAUCCGACUAUUAUUUUAAAACAUGAUCUGUUAAUGUUUCUUUGUCGUUAAAACUGAAUAAAUAAUGAAAAAUAAAAAUACUCGAUUUAAAAUAAAAAUUGUUUACUACAACUAAAUGUACUAUUUUAUACGGUGUGUACAGUAAUAUUAUGAUAAUACUGUAGUUGAUUCAAUAAUUUUGGUUGUGAUUACGAUUUAAAUGAUUCAAUCAUGUCGGAUGCCUGGCAAGAAAUUCAAGCUGUGAAGAGCAAACGAAAUUCGCUGCGAGAAAAACUUCAGAAGAGAAAAAUCGAACGGCAGGUUAUUCUAAAUGAAACGCCUGACAAAAUUGUUCCUAGGGAAUCUUUAGCACCAAGCACGAGUAAUGCAGAAAAUGAAUCAGAUUUUGAUUGGAGCAAAGUAGGCGGUGAACGUGUAUUACUUGAAAUACUUGUUGAUCUAUCAGUUAAUCUUCCAAUUACAUCUCAUCAAUUAGUGACUGAUCUUUUAAAAAAAGAGUCUACCUACAUAUCACAUUCAUCUGUUGUUAAUUUGCUGUACAAAUUUGCUGCACAAAAUCUUAUAAGUUUAAAAAAUAUUACAAUUGAUGGCCAGCAAGGUUUGAAAAUAUUAACAGCCGAACAUGCAAAAUUACUUGCAAUGACUAAUAGUUUAUCAUCAGAGAUUGAUUCAAACUUACAUCUUGAAAAAUCUCGCUUGUUGAUAGAAGAUAAAAUCAAACGGCUUGAAUAUGAAGAAAUUGAUGAGUGUUUAAAAAAUUCAAAAGUACCAAAGUUGUCAAUUGAUUAUAAAAAGUCUGAUGAGUCUGAUGAUGAUAUAAUGUCUCUUAUUUCAAUGCCUUCGAUUAGAGAAAAAGAAAUAAAAAAAGUUAGUGAAGAAAUAAUGGAACUGCUUACCAAACAAACAGUUAAAGAAAAAUCUUUGUGUGAAAAGUUUCGGUCUAAAGGAGGAACGCAUGUUAUGGAAUUUUGUCCACACGGUACUCGAUCAGAUUGCAUGGAGGGGCAUGUUUGUAAAAAGCUUCAUUUCAAAAAAAUUAUCCAAAUGCAUACCGACGAAACUUUAGGUGAUUGCUCUUUUCUAAACACUUGUUUUCACAUGGAUACUUGUAAAUAUGUUCACUAUGCAGUUGACGGUGUAACUAGUAAAGUGAAUUUAGUAAACGCUCUUAAUAGUUUUCCAUCAAAAAAAGAAUUAAUUAAUGAUAAGUCUGAAUUGCUACCAUGUCAGUGGAUUCAGUGCGAUUUGAGGUAUAUGGAUUUCACUUUUUUAGGAAAAUUUGCCGUUAUUAUGGCUGAUCCACCAUGGGAUAUUCAUAUGGAACUUCCUUAUGGCACAUUAUCUGAUGAUGAAAUGCGGCGAUUGGGUAUUCCACAGUUGCAGGAUGAAGGACUCAUAUUUUUAUGGGUCACUGGGCGAGCCAUGGAGCUCGGUAGAGAAUGUCUAAAAUUAUGGGGUUAUGAACGAGUAGACGAAAUAAUUUGGGUAAAAACCAACCAAUUACAAAGGAUUAUAAGGACCGGCCGAACAGGUCACUGGCUGAAUCACGGCAAAGAACAUUGUUUGGUGGGCAAGAAAGGCAACCCAUCCAGUUUGAACUGUGGUUUGGAUUGCGAUGUGAUAGUUGCCGAAGUCCGAGACACUAGUCACAAACCAGAUGAAAUAUAUGGUAUUAUAGAACGAUUGUCACCCUUUACUAGGAAAAUUGAGUUAUUUGGACGAUCUCAUAAUAUUCAACCCAACUGGAUAACACUUGGAAACCAGGUAGAAGGUAUAAGGCUAACUGAUCAAGAUCUCAUAACAAAAUUUAGAAAAGCAUACCCAUCUGGAAAUUGCUUGACGACAUUAAAGAGGAAUACAUGAGUUAGAUUAUAUUAUUAUUGUUGUUGCUGUUGUAUAAAUUCAUUAAAUGUUGUAACAAUUUGUAAUAAAACAAAUAUCAGUUUUCAGUUGUUUUA